UGCGGAACGAUGAGCAAGAGCACAUUUCGUUGCGCUGUGCUUUCAUUUGUAUGUAUGCGUCUAUGUAUCUACAUACAUGCUCGCCUAUUUUGGUGUGUGUAUCCAUGCAAAGUUUUGCAACGUGCGGUUGCCUUGCAAAAAGCAGCUGGUCAAUUUUGUUUUGCCGCGACGAAAGUCUCGAAGAUGAAGACAACAACAAUUGCUAGUGUUCUAUAUGUUUGCGUUGGCUCUGCUGAUGGUUCGGAUGCACAACAUGUUUUGCACGUUGCAAAACUUCACAAUGUGAAGUGUGUCUAUAUUGGUAUGUGUAUGCAUGUGAACUUCACAUGCAUACACAUACCAAUAUAGACACAAACAGAUAAACCAAAGCCCAGCGCAACGAAAUACACUCGUGCUUAUCGCUCCGCAUUCGGUCUGCGACUGAACUGAGUGUGUGACGUACACUGCGCGCUGCGUUAGAUCUUCGAAUUUCGAAAUGAGCCGAAGAGGCUCUGGUGUUCGAAUCGCAGCGCCCUUCUUGUCUGGGGUCACAAUAAUACUGUUUUUAAAGAUACGCUUGGGUUGUAUGAAAUUACGCAUCAAUGUAUUGUAUGGUUAGUGGUUCAGGCAUAGACGACCUGAAUAGCUCAUAUGAAGCCAGUUUCAAAGCGUGCAAGAUAUGCAGGCAACAGCAACUGGGCAAAGACCGUGCUAUUUGCCAGCCACGUGAGUCACCUUGCAGCAUUUCUACAAUCGCUACCAAAUGGAGAAAUGCAUUUGAGCAACCCGACACUAAUAAAGAAACUGGUCGCAAAGCUGCCUCCAGCAAGGAAAGUUGAAUGGGCAAGGCAUGCCAGCACUCUGCACUCUGAGUACAGACCGACAGAAGCAACGUUGGAGCAAGCAAUGCUCAAUAUGCGAUGGGCAAGAAGACCUCUUCAUCGAUUCGAUGGCGAUUUGUACGAGAAUAUCGUCUAUGUUUCUCGUGCAUGAGGGAUGCAGACAACAAAUGUCAGGUGGAUGGAUGUCAAGGACGACAUCACAGAUUGCUGCACGAGACGUGGAAUUCCUCCAGGAGAACGCCGCUAGAAGUGAACGAAAACAAAAAUGAGAAUAAGCCGCGGCCAUCGAGCUCGAGCAGGAAUACGGUUGGAAGGACACAGCCGAGAGCUGUCCAAGAGUGCACGGACCGCUAUGUGAGAUGCGCCAAGGCGGCAACGAUUGCUCUUUCGAAUACAGCUAGUCAUGCUAUACGGAGUCGGCAAUCGAAAGGUUUGGAGGUAGAUCUACCAGAGAACCUGCAACUAUCGAUUCAGAACUUGCAUCGAAGAGAUUUGUAUGGAAUUGAUCCUAAUGAGUGUCUUCCAAUUAAGACACUCGAUGAUGCAGUGACGAAGCUUUUGGUUGGACUGGAUCAUGCUCAUUUGGGAUGGUCAAUCGAUAGUAGAGAACUCGCUGAAAACAGGCCCUAUGCAUCGGCCACCAAGCUCGGGUGGCUGGUCCUUGGCCCAACAAAGGAGUGCAGAGGAGUGCUUUCACCGAUGUCAUACCACAACACUACAAGCCAGUUACCAGCUCCUUUUUUCAAUUCAGAGAAGGAGCCGUCGGAGUCUGCGGCGAUUUCAAGGAGAUGUUUUACCAAAUCAUACGAGCACAGGAUAGAUGUGCCCAACAAAUUCUAUUGCGUGGUGGAGAUGACCAACGAGAUCUGGAUGUCUUUGUUCACCGAGUGGAGAACUCUACGUGAAGACGAUAAAUGCGCUGGAACGCCAACACACGAAUCAUCGUGCGGUCAAAGCCAUAACUGAUUAGAACUACUUCGACGAAAAGGAAGCUAUCGAUGUAACGUCGCGUGUGAGAGCGAUACAUGGCGAAGCUGGAUUCGAGUUCUGCCAAUUUGCAUCCAGUUCAAAAGCCGUAGUGUACACUCUGAUUAAAUUAAGCUAAAAAUGAAUGAAUUUAACGUUAGAUUCGACAUGGUUCCGUAGAGCGCGAUGACUGGCAAAGAACUCUUACAAAAGGGAGUUUUUCAGCAUUGUUAUAUCAACGUUCGAUCUUUUGGGUUUUCUGUGCUGCUUUAUGACUACCGCCAAAUUGUUGCUCCGAGAGAUUUGGCGUUGAGGAAUUCACUGGAAUGAAUCUAUACCAGAUGUAAUUAGUUACGUCUUUCAGAAAUGGCGUCUAGAAAUCGCAACCAUGGAGCAAUUUCGAUGUCCACGAUACCAUUUUGGACCAGGAGAGGUGUUAGUUAUGCAAUUUCACAUAUUUGUAUGGACCGCCGAUACAAGUAAUUUGUAGGUAACCGUGUGGCAGAGAUUUGAAAUCAACGGACAUCUCUGGCGUAA